AUGUCAAUUUCAACAAAACCAGAUCUUUCUAAGUCUUAUUCAGCGUCAUCUUUAAUCGAAACAACAGCCAUUUCAUCGUACACUUCAUCUGCAAAAGUCAUUACACUAAUUAUAGGAACAAACUCCACUCGUUACACAGUAGCUUUACACAUUUUCGAUCAAAUCAAAUAUAUAAUUACUAUGCUACGUGAAAAUCAAUCUCACCACAACGAGAAGAAUAAAAUAUAUAUUGUUGGCACUUUUCCAUGUGAUAAAACAUCAUCUGAACUUCUAUCGUACGCAGCAUUAGAAGUAAAUAUUAAUACAUAUAAUAAACAUUUACUCAAUUUAGGUAAUAUUAUAAUAUUAAAUUUCAAAAUAAUGAAUCACCAUCCCUCUAAUAAAUACAAAGCUCAACGAAAUUAA